UCUUCCGCGAACGUUCGGGUAGUGCACGCGGCCUACCGCUUUUCUCGAACCGUCUGGGCUCGUGCCUCUGGAGCAGCGCAAAUCCGGUUCAGUCGGACAUUUUGUCUACGCGGGCAGAUAUUGUCAACACAACUCAGUCCCCGACGAGCCGCAGCCGGGAGCCCCAGCCAGACUCGAAGCGGGAAAUGCCUCGGCGACUGGCGGCUUCCUUAAUGCCCCGUUACGCUUCAGAAACACCGUGUUAUUAGAGGAACGAGGAGUUGGGCGAGAGCAAAGCCUCUGCUACGAGGGGGGAACAGCGCAGGGAUCAGAACAAAAGGUGGCAGCGCACUCGUAGGCACUCGGAGGAGGCGACAGUCAUGGGAAGGCGGGCGCCGAGGGAGAAAGUCGGGGCUGCUAAGGGGGAGGGGACGCCGAAUGACCUUCAGCGCCUCGGAAAAAGAAACAUUCUUCUACGGGUGCCGGCAAGUCUGACUCGGGCCAGUCAGCUGCCAGGCCCGGUCCGCCGACAUGGAGGACGGGAGUGAGGAGCCUCUGCCUGAGACGUCUGCCAACCUGUCAGGCGGCCAGUGGAGCUUCACGAGCAUCUGUGGCAGCGACGCAUACCCGAUGCGGCCCCUGGUGGCGGACGACCCUUCUCUGGUGGUGCCCUUCCCGUGCCUGCCCGGCGAGGGCUGCGAGUUCCUAGGGCGCACGACCCGGGGCUGCGUGGCGCUCUCUUCGUACCGGCUUUUUCUCUCGGGCCCGGACCAGCACCUCAACCUGCCCCUGGGCCUGCUCGAGUCCCUCGAGUGCAGGGACAUCUUCCACCUGCACCUCAGCUGCAAGGACGGACGCUCCUUCAGGUGCUCGUUCGCCACCAACGAGGACUGCCAGAAAUGGCACCGUCGACUCAGCAGCGCCCUCCAAGUGCCCAAGAGGCUGGACGACAUGUUCGCCUUCCGCUUCUUCUCUUACUGCCGCGAGGAACGCUUCAACGACCUCUUCACCCUCCUCAAGAACGACAAGCCCAGUUCAGACAAGAGGGACUCUUCACUGCUGUACCAGGAGUGCAAGCGGAUGGGCUUUGAUACCGACUUGGACGGCAUCUGGAAGAUCAGUAGCAUCAACGAGAUGUUCAAGUUCUGCCAUAGUUACCCGCGCUACUUCCUCGUGCCUGCCUCUGUUCAAGACCAGGACCUUGAAGCUGUGGCCAGCUUUCGCUACUCCAGGAGGAUUCCCACAGUUGUUUGGAGGCACCACCUGUACGGCACGGUAAUAGCGCGCUCGGCACAACCAGAGGUGGGCUGGCUGGGCUGGCGCAGCCCCCAGGACGAGAACCUGAUCCAGGCGAUAGCAGACGCCUGCAGCGUGGACCCGGGCCCUGCCAUUGGGGGCCUGGAAAGCCUGCCAGACGAGCACAAGUUUGACUCGGACCUUAGCGACCUAUCCCUGCUCAACAAUGGCAUCACCAGCAGCAUGCACUUUGAGCCGAGGUCAGCACCCCAGCGCAAGAUGCUGAUCCUGGACGCGAGGUCGUACGCGGCGGCCGUGGCCAACAGGGCCAAGGGAGGCGGCUGCGAGUGCCCCGAAUACUAUCCCAACUGCGAGGUGCAGUUCAUGAGCCUGGCCAACAUCCACACCAUCCGCAAGAGCUUCCAUAUGGUCCGCACCCUCUGCAGCUCUGCCGCCGACCAGUCCAGUUGGAUGUCUACGCUGGAGUCCAGCAAGUGGCUGCUGUACCUGUCCGGCCUGCUGAAGGCCUCGCUGGUGGUGGCCAAUGCGGUGGACCUGGAGCGGCGGCCAGUGCUAGUGCACUGCUCGGACGGCUGGGACCGCACCCCGCAGAUCGUGGCCCUCGCCGAGCUCAUGCUCGACCCCUACUACCGGACCAUCGAGGGCUUUGAGGUGCUUGUGGAGAAGGAGUGGCUGGAGUUUGGCCACAAGUUUGGAGACCGGUGCGGCAACGGCGUAAGCGCCGAGGACGUGAGUGAGCGCUGCCCGGUCUUCCUGCAGUGGCUCGACUGUGUCCACCAGCUGCUGUCCCAGUUCCCUUGCAGCUUCCAGUUUAACCAGCAGUUCCUGGUGAAGCUUGCCCAGCACACCUACUCGUGCCUGUUCGGCAACUUCCUGGGCAACAGCGUAAUGGAGCGCCAGCGGGAGGGCGUGGCCGAGCGCACCUUUUCAGUCUGGUGCUUCCUCAGGGCACGCCCGGAACAGUUCCGGAACUACCUGUACAGCCACACUGACCAGGUGCUCCGUCCCCAGAGCCAGGUGCGGGACCUGCGCCUGUGGAGCGAGGUGUACCUUCAGCCGGCGCCCUGCACUUCGGCCCUCUCCGGGGCACCCCCCGCCACGCCCCCGUCGGAGAGCCAGGAGGCCGCCGAGGAGACGCCCCCUGAGCCGGCCGGGGAGCCCUCCCCGCAGACCAACCUGGCCAAGACCAAGUCCGUGGACUCCCUGUAUGCGGGACCGGACACCCAGGCAGCGGCCCCGGACAGGCACCAGCGCCGCCUGAGCGACUCCAGCCUCAAGGGCUUCCCCAUGGAGCUGCACAGCCACGAAGACGCUGCCUGCCAGGCGUCGCCUUCCAAGCAUAGCUGUCCCGACCUGGUGUCCGAGCCUUCGCCGGGGGGUCCGACCGUGGUCUCGGGCAGCGGGGCAGAAGACGACGGACCUCGGGAGGGGCCCGCAAACGAGGCACCUUCGAUAGACGGGUCCACGGACACGCUCGUCAAUGAGAUCGGGCAGCAGUCUUCCUCCGUGGGCGCCGACGACGGUGUGCUCCAGAAAACAAUGCCGGAGCCAGCAGAGCUGUCACCUGCGCAGCUGGAUCAGCAGCUGAGCAACACGGCAAGUACGAGCACGACAGAUCUCCGGAGCUCUGCCGGAGCGGUGCUUGGGGGAGGCUAUACGGAACUUCCCCUUGAGGAAGUGGCCCCCGGCAAGUGCGUUGUAUGCCUGUCGCGCAAGAACGGCCACGAGAACCUGUUGGCAGCCACGCGCUCGUCCCUGGCGCGGUCGGCCGCGGCAGCCACGACCAACGGUGGCCGCUUCUCCCACUACUCCACACCCAUGCAUUCGAGGACACCGAGCUCUGGCUUCCCUGCAACGCCGUGCGACGACCGGCUUCUCCUGGACCCCAUGGCCUCGCGUACCCAGUCUUCGCAGGCCUCUUGCCAGCAGCAGUUUGACGUUGACGGCCUCAACACCCCCGUGGAUGCCCUCCAGCAGAGGAUACACCAGAUGGUUCUAGACCAUGAGGCCAAGAUAGAGAACUUGGAAAACGAGCUGCGCCGAGCCAGGUUUGCGCUGGAUCAGCGAUCCCUGCACCACAACGGCAAGGAGGCCUCGGAGGCACUCGAGGACGCUCAGCUUGGGUUGGACUGUGCCUGCAGCGGGGAGCCCCCGUGGGGCGGGUGCCAGGACGGUAGCAGCUCCUCGGAGCUCAGCUGGGAGCAGGUGGACGAGCGGGAGGCCAGGGCCACCCUGUGGGUGCCGGACCACGCCGCCUCCCACUGCACUGCUUGCGGGGCAGAGUUCUGGAUCGGGCGCCGCAAGCACCAUUGCAGGAACUGUGGCAACGUGUUCUGCAGCCAGUGCGCCAGUCAGAUGCAUCCUGUGCCCCACGAGCAGUUGUACCAGCCCGUGCGAGUGUGCAGUUCGUGCUUCGAGGCACUACGUAGCCGCCCGUGCCGGCCGUCUGCCCUGCUCGCUGCACCGGGACCCCACCCGGAGCGGAUCCUAGCCAAGACAAGCCCCGCCGUCACGGCCGCCUCCAACUAGACCCUCCUUGCCCCUCCUUCGUAUGCCCCGCAAGAGCCUGACCCCGGUCCGAGGACGUCCGGUGCCCCGCCGAGCGGGCCAGCCGAGGAACCCAGUUAGAAAAACGUGCCAAAGGAAUGGGGCCUGCCGCGAGCCCCGUCCCUCCUACGCCUCUUUUUUCUAGCAUGGCCAACCGAAGCCGGCCAAUCGGGCGUCCCGGUUUAAGGACGGUCCCUGCGACUCGCCGCACCUUACUUCUUCUCGUUCGUUCCGUGCUGCACCUCCUGGACGGCGAGGCCGUGGUGCCGAAUUUUGGGCGUCGCCUGAGAGGCUGACACUGGGCACGAUUGGACACGAGUGGUGCAUCAGUGUUUGGCUGAGACUCGUGUUCGGUCAAUGAGAACGCCGAACGCCGAUGAUGAUGCGAGAACGCCCAGCCGAACGCCGAUGCGGAACCCGCGUCCAAUGCAUACCCUGCGUGAGCCUCUUUCGGGCGACGCCGAAAUUCGGCACUACGACCUCGCUACCUAAGAGCUGUUGUCUGCGCAGACCGAGCAUUAUUUCGUGGAGGGGGAGCGGCGAGGAAGAUCGGACUGCGGGUAAACGUUGCCGACCAUCUUUCGUUUUCUUUGUCGCUUUGUACUACAAGCGUGCCACCGACGCCCUAGGACUAAUGGAAUUUCGGUGCAAGGAGAAUGUGUCUUGCCGUGCAGCGCACAGACGAGUGGUUCGAGUUUGCCGUCGUGGUGCGUGCACGGAAGAGAGGCGGAGCCGUUUGGAGCGAGGACCGAGCCAUUGUUAAGUUUUGACGUUUGACUGCCUCGAUUUAGUUGUGGAGGAGAUGCCUGGGAAAAGGUAACCAUUUUUUUUCCCUUUCUUCCGCUGGGUUUGUCCUUGGUUCGUUUGUUUGCGUACAGUGCCGUGGCCCCUGCAGCUCGAAAACUAGGAGCUUGUGUUCAGUUCCCCGCAAAUGUUCAACUUUCAGUACACCAAAGAGUGGCAGACCUGUUAGUCGACACCUAAUCAUUUCUUGGCUGCGCCGCUGUGUUGCUCGUACCUUAGAACCGACUUAUUGGGCCAGAGUGUCGCUUUGAGAAGGUGCCACAUUUUCCAUCAAUAUGGAUGUCUCGGGGCUACAUAAACAGUCCGUCUUCUGUGAUAAACUGCUGUGAGAUCGUAGCAAGUUUUUAAACCUUCAUUGAAGAUUUUGGUCAGGUACACUAUUUGUGGUUUUCUCAGUCUUGGCGGGAACUCUAAAGGGAUGCUGAACCAAAAUUUGGAUUUCACAAAGUAGGGCCGCUGAAGCGUUAUGCUACGAACUCCAGAACAUCAUUCGUACAUCGAAAUCUCUAACAGAUGGCCAUUUUUUUUUUGGAAAAGAAGGGCGGGGUCAAGACGUCGCGAUUCUUUUCGAAGUUGAGAAUGAGGAAAAAUGGCCUCGGUUCGGUUCACCAGCUCGAGGGGACGUAGUGAAAAGGAGAGGGAAUGAGAAUCAUGACGCUGCAUAUGUCUCAUCGGCCUUGUCGGGUGUGUUCUAUGGCUCACCUCUUUUCCAAAAAAAAACAAACAGCAAUCCGUUAGAGAUAUCGCUGUACGAGUGACGUUUUUGGGGUUUUGCAUUGUCCCGACCACCGCUCUAGCCUUGUUUUGUAAGCUCCAAAUUUCGGUUCAGAAUCCCUUUAAUUGGUAAGCAUUCAUAAACCGCAAAAGCGGGAAAACGAUCAAUUUUAAUAAAAACGCUAGGGCGUGUUCCAGGCAUCUGAAAGUUUAAACGUAAGACUUGGUAACCGUGCAGAUUUGGUGACUUCUGGGCUGCAGCGAAAAGAGGGUUGUUUUUCCAAACCUGUGACUAGUGGAUCCUGUUCCGUACAUGUUUACGCCGGAAAGUGACAGCAGUUUCCAACUGGGUUCUUUUGGAGAGCUACGGUAACUUCUGCUCGUGCAGAGCAUAAUAGGAACAGGCUGUGAUGCAUUUUGCAAACCCCCUUUCUCGCACUGCGGCACACCGUUUAGCGCUGCCGCCUACAUUGGAGCCGCCGGUUUUGUUUUAGUCCAGCUGGCAUGCUACGUUGUUCCUGUGCAGUGUAUUGGAAAACAGUGGACAGUGAAGCUGGCAUGCAAAAGUAGAAUGGCCACGUGAUUGCCGACAGUUUUCUCGCAUUCGUUUCUUCACCUCGGCAACCCCUGGAUGCACGUGGCUUUUAUUACUCCCGUUUUCGUUUGCUUUCAUGCCUACUACUACCCCCUCCUUGUUUUUAUUUCAACAUGCUUGUGUUCAGUGCAUUGUUCCUAGGAUCCAAUGGGUAUGUCGUGUACAGGAGGCAAUUUCUACAGAAUUGUGAAUAUCAUGACCUGAGAAGUGUACAUUGAUAUCUUGUGUUCCAAGUGUAAUGUUCUAGCGACGAGAGGACACAGAAUAAACCUAAGUUUCAAAUUUGUU